AUGGAACGCAUCGUUCGAACGAGCUAUGCAGGAAAGUUCCUGAGAGUGGUCACAGGAAAGAGGAUCCUGAAAUACCCCGAAGAAAGAGACGACUUCCAGCUUCCGGUCUGCUAUGCUGCCCCGGAGGUAUCGUUACAGAGCCGCGUCGACACAGCUCCCGACGACGAAUUGAUGGGUCGGCGAAACUCAUCCCAAGCUUCAGAAUCCAACACAAUAUCCAAGAUCACCACGAGAUCAGACCUUGAGAGAGUCCAUACUCAGUUAGACGUCGAGAGGCUUUGUACCGCGGCCGCGCAAAAGGACGAACUGAAGCAUACUCCUAGCCGGCCAAUCGCAGCAACAAAGGCUUCAGAUGGAACAAUUUUGGUGGACUGGUAUUCUACAGAUGAUCCAGAAAACCCCCGAAAUUGGUCCAGUGGUAAGAAGAUUUUUGUUGCUUCACUGAUCAACUUAUAUACGCUUGCGGUGUAUACGGGUUCUUCUAUAUAUACUCCCAGUACCCCGGCUGUUGAAGAGAAGUUCGGUGUCUCUGCUGCUGCUGCAUCGUUGGGUCUGGCUCUGUAUGUUCUUGGAUACGGUACCGGGCCAGUAAUCUUCUCGCCACUCAGUGAAAUUCCCAGUAUCGGUCGAAACCCACCAUACAUUCUCACCUUUGGCUUAUUUGUCAUUCUCGGUGUCCCUACCGCCCUUGUGGAUAACUUCCCCGGACUUCUGGUGUUGCGGUUUCUCCAGGGCUUUUUCGGCAGCCCUUGCCUGGCGACAGGAGGUGCCAGUCUCAGUGAUUUAUACGAUUUCCUCCAGCUGCCGUAUAGCAUCGCCAUCUGGGCUGUAUCUGCGACCCUAGGACCGGCCUUGGGACCCGUGGUCUCUGGAUUUAGCGUGCCUGCAGAGAAUUGGCGGUGGUCGCUGUGGGAAAUCCUCUGGAUGGCCGGACCGGUCUUCUUGGCCAUGCUCUUUUUCCUACCCGAGACUUCGCCCGAUACUAUCCUCUUGAACAGGGCCGAGCGUUUGCGAAAGCUCACAGGGAAUGACAAACUCAGGUCGCAAUCUGAAAUUGACCAGAAGAAGCUCACCGUUUCCGCCGUUGCUGUGGCUGCUUUAUACCGACCAAUCCAGAUCGUCGUUCUUGACCCUGCCAUGCUCUUCGUGAACCUGUACACCAGCUUGGUUUACGGAACCUACUACUCCUUCUUCGAGGCAUUCCCGAUUGUCUACAUCGAUAUAUAUGGCUUCAACUUCGGCCAAAUGGGCCUCGUCUUCCUCUGCAUUGUCGUGGCGUUGGCCAUUGCCGUGCCGCUGUACUUUCUGUAUCUGCGCAAAGUCUUCGAGCCUGAGAUCAAAAUGAAAGGCCUCCUGGCGCCGGAGCGACGACUGAUCCCCGCUCUCGCUGCCUCAUUCCUGCCGCCGAUCGGUCUGUUUAUCUUCGGUUGGACUGCGCGCCUAGAAAUCCACUGGAUUGUGUCAGUCAUCGGGAUCACCAUCUUCACUAUCGGCAUCUUCCUGGUCGUCCAGUGUAUUUUCAUCUACAUCCCGAUGACCUAUCCGCAAUACGCUGCAAGUCUGUUCGCAGGGAACGACUUCAUGAGGAGUGCGUUCGCUUGCGCGGCCAUUCUGUUUGGUCGGCCUCUCUACAUCAACUUGGGUGUUGGUCCAGGUGUCAGUCUGUUGGCCGGUUUGGCGGUCGGCUGCAUCGGGGGUAUCUUUGCCCUGUAUUACUUCGGUGCCAACCUUAGGGCUCGCAGUAGAUUCACCGCGAAGUGA